AGUAAUCUCCCUCCUGCCUUUCAGAUUUUAACAUCAAAAUGAAGCUAAGAUUUCUUCCAUGGUUGUUAUUUUUCAUAUGGGCUAAUGGCUUUGUAUGCUUGGGGAUUGAAACAUAUCCUGCAAUAGAAUAUGAAAAUUUCAACUUUUCCACGGCUAUUUUUCGAGGAAAAGAGAUCCAAGGUCUAAGCAAGAGAAUUGAUUUGGCCGCAGAAGGUGGUGCAAAAGUGAAUGCGAAGAAGAAUGAUGUGUUACAGCCAAUUGGAAGGAGACGGAGAGGAAAGGGAGGUUUUGGUGGUGCAAAUACUGCUCACGGUCGCCGUCGCAAGAGGAGUGCGGCUGCUUCUUUAGUAAGGCCUGAUCUCUCUGUAUCUGCUGCAAGAUUGCUCUUGAUGCUCAUCCUCCCACCCUUCUUUCUCAGGCUAGUUUAGGCUUUUUCUAUGGCUUAUGAAGCAUAAAACUGAAAUCAGGUC